AUGUCUUCGUCAGACUCUGCUGAUAACAUUUCCAAGUGGGAGGAACGUGUAUGCAUAAACAGUGGAAGAAAGUUUUUCAAAUCUAAAGUCAGUGGAUCUAUUACACCUGCUGUUGGAAUGCUUUUUAAGUCAUUUGAUGAGGCAUUUGCAUUUUAUCAGAGAUAUGCACUUGCUGCAGGUUUUUCUGCAAGAAAAAAUACCUCUUGGAAAAAUGUUGGUGGUUUAGUAAAAAUAAGAUAUAUUGUCUGUUCAAAAGAAGGAUUUCAUGUUAGCAAAGAAAUAGAUUCUGGUUCAGUUGAGAAUAGUAAAAAGAUUGUUAGACGUAAUAGAGGUUCAAAAAGAGUUGGAUGCAAUGCUCAUGUGAAACUAAUAUUAGAGAACAAUAAUAUGUUUAAAAUCUACUACUUUGAAGAAGAACAUAAUCAUAUCUUUGUUGAAGAUGAAGAUAUUCAUUUCUUGCCGGCUGCCAGAAGUAUCGAUUAUCAUUCAAUAUUGAAAACAAUGUAUGGUGGUUUUGGUGAAGUUGGAGCUAGUAAAGUUGAUUGUAAGAAUUAUAGAAGGGAUUUGAAUCUUUACAUCGGAGAGUAUGAUGCAGAAAUGGUAGUUAGGCGUCUUAUUAGGAAGAAAGAAUGUUGUCCUGGUUUCACAUGUGAUUAUGUUAUUGGUGAAGAUAGAAGAUUGAAAGGGCUUUUCUGGGCUGAUGAGCAAUCAAAGAAAAAUUAUACAGUGUUUGGUGACAUAUUUGGUUUUGAUGCUACUUAUAAAUCAAACAAGUAUGAUUUGGUUUUUGUACCAUUUACUGGUAUUGAUAAUCAUUUUAGGAAUGUCACAUUUGGUGGUGCAUUACUUGGUUCGGAGACUGCAGAUUCGUAUAGAUGGCUUUUAAGAUGCUUUGUUAAUGCUUUUGGAAGUGAGCCUAACGUUGUUGUUACUGAUCAAGUUGCUGCAAUGAAGAGAGCUAUUAAGGAUGUACUUCCAAGAAGUAGGCAUAGGUUAUGUAUGUGGCAUAUAUGGGAAAAAUUGAAGACAAAGGUUGGUCCUGUUUUGUCAGCAAACACUGAUUUUAAUACAAGAAUGACUCAUGUUGUUUGGAAUGAUACUAUUAUUCCAGAAGAUUUUGAAACUGAGUGGCAUUCAAUAAUGUCUACUUUUGGAUUGGAAAAUCAUGAGUGGUUAAUAGACAUGUACGAUCUUCGAUUUGAUUGGAUUCCUGCUUAUUACCAUGGAGAGGAUUUGGCUGGGCUUAUGCGUACUACGUCAAGAUGUGAAAGCGAGAAUUACUUCUUUGGUCAGAUUUGCAAUCCAAGAUGUACACUUGUUUAA